CAUGUGACUUUUUCCGUAUCGCCAUUUUCCUCUUCCACACCGGUGCUCUUUGCUGUCAGCUACGUUGUCGCCCUCUCUCAGUGCAAUUAACCUGUACGCGGCUGGCGGUGGGAAAGGAAGAAACCUAAACGAAAGAAGAAGAUAGUCUGACUUGUAGUUGCGUCGCCCCGAGAGAAGUGCGAGAAUGUCUUCCGAGGAGACCCCCGAGUACUCGCCUUUCUUCGCUGUGAUGGGAGCCUCUGCGGCCAUGGUCUUCAGCGCGUUCGGAGCAGCGUAUGGGACGGCGAAGAGCGGCACAGGCAUCGCUGCCAUGUCCGUGAUGCGGCCAGAGCUCAUCAUGAAGUCCAUCAUCCCCGUGGUCAUGGCUGGUAUCAUUGCCAUCUACGGGCUGGUGGUGGCUGUGCUGAUAGCAAACAACAUCUCUGAGAGAGUGACGCUUUACAAGAGCUUCCUGCACCUCGGUGCCGGUCUGAGCGUGGGCCUGAGCGGCCUGGCGGCCGGGUUCGCCAUAGGCAUCGUGGGCGACGCCGGCGUGCGAGGCACCGCCCAGCAGCCCCGGCUUUUCGUGGGCAUGAUCCUGAUCCUCAUCUUCGCCGAGGUGCUGGGGCUUUACGGCCUCAUCGUGGCUCUCAUCUUAUCUACAAAAUAAAUGUCCGCAUCAAACACCAUCUCAUUCAUUCCACAUCGAAGCAGCAGCAGGAACAACAAAUAGGAGAUUUUCACCUACUUCCAUUACACCCCGCGGGUCUGACAGGAUGGGAUAGCAACGGAAUCACCUCAGCGGUCUCCUUGACUACUGUGUCCUCAGUAGACGUGAUAUGUCCAUAUCGUUUAAAGCCAUCCGGUUGUGUCAGGUCUUGUGCGAACCGAACGGGGGCAUGAAGAUGUGUAGCGGUUGUUGUGGGAUGAUGUGUGGACGGUCUGCUUGAUUUGUUGUUUCGAUCUUAACCUGUACAGUGAACCAGAGUCCCUGCACCCUUGUAAAUGUAGUAACCAGUCUGUGCUGUGAGUGAGUAUCAACGUUUAUCCCUCUGCCCGUUCCCCUCCUCGGGUUCAUGUUUUCUGUUGGGGAUUUUUAUCGUCGGUUUUCCGGUUGAUGACUGCUGAAGAAUCGUACACACUAGUGUUUUAUUUUUACACGUUCUUUUUCGGGGACCAUUUCUGAAUCUGGUGGGGAGCUGUCGAUACGUUUAUUUUUUUUGUUCACUAUUUAUGAAAAGUUAUGAAGAUUUUGACUUUAUGAAACUGUCUAAAUGGAAUACUGUUCAUUGAACACCCUAUAAACAUAAAAUAUAUAAAUUAUCUGUGUAUAGUUAGAUUCAUUGCACUGUGGGUAAUUGUUCUCAGUGCUUGGAAUUCCUCUGGAUGUAGUGAUUUAUUAAUGGAGGAUGUCCAGAUGUUGACAUGGAGUUGACAGUGUUUGUGUGUGUGUGUGUGUGUGUCUGAAUGAUCCGAGUGCAUAAUGUGUGUGCAGGUCUUUGUUUAAUAUGACAUUCUCAACACUAGUAUCGUUUACCUGUAGUGCAACUGUCUUUAUUUUUUAUUUUUAUUUUUGUUUAAGGUGAGAGCUCACUGUUCAGUCAUGCCUGUCAGAUUUCCAAAUAAAACUCAACCUCCUCCAGAA